AUGGAAUUCUUCCGGAACCAGUGUCAGCAGAUGCUCAUGGGAGAGGGGAAGACCACGGUGAUUGCACCUCUUUUGGUGCUUCUACUUGCAGACACCAACAGGUUGAUAUGCUCCUGCAUGCCAUCAGCAUUGCUUGACAUGCUUGGGGCCCAGUACUGGCAGCGCCUGACCUCGACGAGUGUUUUUUUGGGUCGCUAUGCCGCUAUGCUAUGCUGUUUGGUGGCUUUGAUGCGGCACUUUUCCAGUUCCAAAGUGAUGGCUUGCUACAAACAGUCCAACCAGCACCAAAACUUCAUCCGGUGGGUUUGUCUGAAAAUAUUGGAGGAAAGCCAGAAACCCAUGGUUUACCAUAAUUUUUCCUCGCAGACGUCCUGGAACUACGCUAAGAUCAACUGA